AGAGGGGAAAGAAAGAGCCAGGGGAAUGUCUGAGGGAGUGUGAGGGAACCGGUGGGCAGGAGAGAGGCUUUGGACGACAGGCUGCGCGCUGGUUUAAAAAUACUCCGUCGGUGGCUAGAAAUAGACUCGGAUUUGGAUAAAAGAAUCAGCAGCCGAAAACUUUGGCGCACCUCUGGCUUGUGCGCUUUUUGGGUAACUAAAAGUUUGGCGGAAAUUAAUCUUUGCUGGGUCAACCAAAACAAGCAACACGCAGCGCAGAGAGGGCUUUCUAAAGACAAUCUGUCUCCUUAAAAAGGGAACUGAAACGACGGGAUCCGGUUUGCGGAUAAUCACUUUUCAGCAUCUGCCGGAGUCACAGCGAAACUUUUUCAGCGCACAGCUUUGGAUCUUUGAGCUGCUGAGAUGCGGUGAUGGAGUCCGCCGAUGUUUCCACGAUGACUGCUCCUCUAAUGAAGCACAUUUUCAGAGGCGAUCUCCUUUCAAUAAGAGACAUGAGAGGGUCUAAAUGGUCGUUUUUGAUCCUCCUCGUCCUUUUUUCUGCUUGGAGGCCAGUAACCGCCGGCGCGCUGACAGAUUUGGAGUUUGAGCGAAGUCCCACUACUGUCAUCUCUUCACUGGGCAAACCUGUUAAAAUGCACUGCACCCUGAAGGGUAAAGGGGGUGAGGAAGAGGACCCCCCUGAUGUGCUCUGGCUGAGAGACGGCGUGCCACUUCAGUUCGCAGACACCAACCAGUUCCAAGUCCACACUGGCAGCAACAGUUGGACGGUCAUUAGCACGCUCAGCAUUGAGAAGGUCCAGCUUCCCGACAUGGGCUCCUAUAGAUGUGCUGUUCAAUCAGAAAGCCACCAGACUUUAUCUGAGGAGGGGAGCAUUCAGCUGGAGGGCCUUCCUCAUUUCUCGGUGGAGCCCCAGCACAUGUCUGUAGUGGCCAAUGUAUCCCUGAGCCUGAGCUGUGUGGCCCACGGACCUCCAGAGCCAGUCAGGGUCAUCUGGCUGCAGGACGGUGCUCCCCUGAACUCCCUGAAGGACCCGGUGGCCCUGUCACCCUCCAUGCUCAACCUCACAGGUUUGAACAGGACCAGCACCUUUUCUUGUGAGGCCCAUAACCACAAAGGCGUGGCCACCUCUGGAUCUGGCACCAUCACCGUACUCCCAUCCCAGCCUCAUGAUCUGAGAGCCGUGGAGAUCACUCAGACCAGUCUCCAGUUGUCAUGGCAGCCUGGUUUUGGAGGCGACUACCCAAUAAUCCGUUGCUCUGUUCAGGCCAAACAUUCAGGAGAGUCCUUCAGAGAAGGCCCAGCUAAGAUGAUCCACAACCAGAAUGUGAACAUCCCACCAGCCACACACCUCAUUGGGGACCUGGAGCCUCACAGCCUCUAUGCUGUCAGGGUGGCCUGUCACAGCAGCCAGGGGCCAUCUGACUGGUCGCCCUGGAUGGAGCUACGCACCAAAGAAGGAGUGCCAGAAAACCCACCCGUUAACAUGACCGCGGUGCUAAAUGGGACAGAGGUGCUGAUGACGUGGGAGGGGCCUCCGGGAAAGCUGAAUGGAGAGCUACACGGCUACGUGGUGGAGUACAGCACGCCUGCCGCACAGCAGUUUGUUGUGGAUACUGGAUUGGACACUGAGCUGUCAAUCAAUCUGUCCACCCCCCUGUCCAAUGUGACUUUUCGAGUGUGUGCCUAUACUGGGGCGGGGCAAGGACCCUGGACCCCCACACAGACUCUGACACUUAUUGCUCCUGAAAUGGAGGAAUUUAGAGGUCCCUCUUCGCCCCCGGCCUUUUCCUGGCACUGGUGGUAUGUGGUGAUGGCCAUUGCCGGCGCCGUGUCCAUAGCUGUGCUCAUGGCUGUUUACGUGGCCAAGCUGCGGCGCAAGGAGACGCGCUUUGGAGAGGCGUUCGAGCCCAUGAUGGAGAGCGGAGAGCUGGUGGUCAGGUACCGCGCUCGCCGCACCUACAGCCGCAGGACUACAGAAGCGACAUUGAACAGCCUGGGCAUCAGUGACGAGCUGAAGCAGAAGCUCCAGGACGUGAUGGUGGACAGACAUAAGCUAACCCUGGGAAAGACUCUGGGAGAAGGAGAGUUUGGCUCUGUGAUGGAGGGGCUGCUGACUCAGGAGGAGUCGGUUCUCAAAGUUGCUGUCAAGACUAUGAAGAUCGCCAUCUGCACCCGCUCAGAGAUGGAGGAUUUUCUUCGGGAGGCUGCCUGCAUGAAAGAGUUUGACCACCCCAAUGUCAUGAGGCUUCUAGGUGUGUGUCUGCAGACUGUGGAGAGUGAAGGUUACCCCUCCCCUGUGGUCAUCCUGCCCUACAUGAAACACGGAGACUUGCACAGCUAUCUGCUGUACUCAAGGCUGGGAGACUGUCCUGUGUACCUCCCAUCUCAAAUGCUGGUGAAGUUUAUGACCGAUAUUGCCCGAGGGAUGGAGUACCUCAGCAGCAAGAACUUCAUCCACAGAGACCUCGCUGCUCGCAACUGCAUGCUGAACGAGAACAUGAACGUGUGUGUUGCUGACUUCGGCCUCUCCAAGAAGAUCUACAACGGAGACUACUACAGGCAGGGCCGGAUCUCAAAGAUGCCCGUCAAAUGGAUCGCGAUCGAAAGCCUGGCUGAUCGUGUCUACACCACCAAAAGUGACGUGUGGUCGUUUGGAGUCACCAUGUGGGAGAUCGCCACGCGGGGCCAGACUCCGUACCCCGGGGUCGAAAACAGUGAGAUUUAUGAUUAUUUGAGACAGGGAAACCGUCUCAAACAGCCUCCAGACUGUCUGGACUGCAUCUAUUCCCUGAUGUUCUCCUGCUGGCUGCUGAGUCCAAAGGAUCGCCCCUCGUUUGAGUCCCUGCGCUGCGAGCUUGAGAAAGCCCUUGAGGAUCUGCCAGACCCUCAGGACCCAGACGAGAUCUUGUACGUCAACAUGGACGAGUCCUCUAUGGAGCUUGGGGCAGUCGGUGGCCGUGACCCCAUUGGGGGGCCCUCUCCUCUCUGCCUGAAGGGUCUGGACUCUGUAACCACAGUGGAGGUCCACCACCCAAACCGCUACGUCCUCUGUCCUCAACACGAGACCAAAGGAGCCCUCUCGGACUCCCUGGAGAGCCUGGACAUGCCGGUGUCGUCCUCCACAGCCACGCUCCCUCUACAGCCGUCCUGCCGUUCCAGUCCCAACCCCACCCCAGCUCCCACCCCACCUGUUGAACUGCUGGAGGAGAGGGAAGGGUCCAGGAAAAUGCCCUGGCAGUGAUGGCUUCACUCUUUAAAAACAUGACACGAAGCGUCACUGCCAAAGUGUGCCACCCUUUCACCCCAGUCCAACAACAAGAUCCAGCCUCUUGCUGCUGACUGUAAAAACCUCCUGUGCCCCUACAUACAUACAUACAUGCAUACAUAUUUUGCACAAAUACACACACACAGCCGAAGGCAUUCCAAGGACAUGAAGGAUUAUUUCCUCUGUCAACCCCCCUCUUCUAAAAUGAGCACAUUUCCAGCUGACUGUAAAAGUUAAUGUGUGAACAGUGUAGCAGGAGGAACUCUGUUACCAGUGGUAGACAGCGGGUGAACUCGUUUGGAGCACACGAACACUGCAGCACAAUCAGAGAAAUGAAUUCCCAGUUUCUAUAGCAAUGAAAUACCAACUACCUGUGCAGAGCAGAUUGAUUAAGCUAAGAAAUCAAACGUCUCUGUGAAAGCAGCUCAGACACUGCCAGCCAAACAAACUCAGGUGCUUGAACUUUACAGCGAGUGCACGCUAACAUGGAGGACUCACACCAGCCAAGGACACCGUUCUCUGACGGAGAAACCUCGUCCACCUGAACCCCUGCUCCCGGUCGACUCAGAGCAAAGAUAACGGCGUAACGAAGCAGCAGUGUCUCUGCCACUGAAGGUUUCAUCUGGUGAAGACGACUGGCUGCUUUAAGGUCACAUCGAUAGAGGUUCAUGAAGUACAAUAAGAAGAUUUUUGAGCUAAACAUUGUUGUUGGUGGGCAUGUUUCGUUGUGGUUUUUAAAAAUGUCACAACUUCAAGGAUGGUAGAGAGCAGAACCCCCCAAAAGAAUGAGUAAAAGAGUAAUAAUACCUGAAGAAUGAAAAGAGAUGACCAAACUCUGGAAAGAAAAACAGAUUCCAGCGCAGGCUUUAGAGACUUUCAGGUGGGGCUGUUUUGAAUGAGCAACCUCCAUCGUGACAAAAUCCUACAUCAGUUUAUGGGACAGCCUCAUGUAGCGCUCUCACAACCCCUGCACCUUCUCCAGGGGUUGCACUGCUAGUUGUGCAUUAAAGCACAGUGAGCCAUUUACAGUUCACACAAGGCAACUCUUUCCUCACUGACAGGCGACACACCUGUGCAAGUCCUGAUUCAUCUAUACUGUCUAUACAUCUUUGUCAUAACUCAGGAACCUGAGACGUUGCUCAACAGGGACAGAGGUACUGGUCAAAUCAAGAGGGUACAAAUAAUCAGAGGGAGGCGGUCGGACUGAGAGGAGGUACGGACAUGAUGGAGUCACCCAAAGCAAACGGCGGGAUAAGCUCCUCACCUUUGCUUUUGGCUUAAGCACAGUGUUAAUUACACAUUUUGUAAUUUUUUUAUGCUGAUCUUUGUAUUUCUACAACAACGUUGCACUAAUGUUUUUAUAUCAAUGUAUGUUUGUUUAUAAUGUGUAUAUCUUUAAUGCUUUUUCACUUUGUGUUUGUAAUUACUUUCUGGACAUUCGCAGUCUACCUGUAGAUGUCGCUCCUAAAAUCACUUCACAUGCGUAUUCAUAAAAGCCGAGAGCAAAGCCCGUGAACGCCUCGCAGGGCGCUGAACUCCGUUCGGAGGAGUGUUUUCCGUAAAUGAGCAAAGAGCGAUGGACUGGGAAACAUGACUAACCUCGUCAUCUGACAUCAUCCCGCCACUUUCUUAUUCUGGGACAUUUUUGUUCCUCGAGGUUUAGCGCUGUAAAUAGAAGUCUGUUACCAGCAGUCGAGGAGUCGAGGAGAAAGAGACAGAAAACUGCAGCUGAAAACUGAGUGGAAGCCUGAAGAUGCUUCAAGGAAAUCAUGCAUGCACUUAAUAGAGUUCAUAUAUAUAUAGCUAUUAUUUUGUCAUUGGAAUGGACCAGAUUCCAGCACACAUUUGGGGAGAACAACAUUUGUUAAAAUGAGGCGCUGUGUUUCUCAGCUGUAUACAUCAAAGGUACUUAUAUAUGUAUACAUAUAUGUGUUAUAUGUUGUACUAUAUAUAUAUACAUAUAUAUACACAUAUAUAUAUACACACACACAUACAGAAAUAGUUUAUAUCUGUACGAUUGCUGAAAUUGUAAAGUGUACAUUUCUUGCAUCACCUUUGGUACUAUAUACUCAGUGAUAGUCUUACAUUGUUUGUGUGAGGCUGAGGCACUGCACUAAUUUGGUCCGUACAAAUAUUUCACCAAUUUGAAUACCUAAAAAGUUUCCAAAGACCAGUAUUUAACCAGGUGUUGGAACAUUUUGAUCUUUAAAAGUGUUGGGACAAAAGGAAAAGGUGAUCUUCUUCUUCACAACUACAGUCAGUUCAGCCUUGAAUCGUAGAGCUUCAUGUUACCUUCAGUGCCUUAAGAGAGCCAGUGUUUGUGUGUAGAUCUACAUACAGUAGAUGUGUGUGUGGACUGUGAUUCUCUUGGUGUGUUGAAUUGGAGACUGUACUAUAAUUGCCUUUAUACUGUCACUGUCAUGAUUUGUAAACAAAUUUUUAUACAGUACCUACAGUAUUUUGUAUAAGAAAUAAAUGUGUUCCUCAUGAAUGAGCUUUCU